AAGGUUGAUUUUUAUCGGACCGAUGAAAGUGAAUGCCCGAACGACUGACGACUGCUCCUAACGGGGUGCGCAGGGGUAAUUCCCGGUACCAACGAGGGUAGGCAAGAGCGGCAAAACGGGAUGGGGUAUUUUGGGCAAAUGGAGAGGGGUAACGCCCUGUGCCGGAGCCUGGGUACCGCGCUCGCGACGGUUGACCUGCACUUGAGGUCGUUAAAGGGAGAGAUAUUCCGGCCGCAUGGAGAACGGGUGAAUUGGAACUCGCCAGGGGGGAUACGGCGAGCUAUUAUCAUGCUCAAUGGGCUAGAGAUAGCGGUCGUAGAGGCUGAGCCGGUGGUCGAUAUCAUCUGGGAUCAACUUCGGGGCCGCGGGCCGCAGGUCAACUUCAUUCUGGAAAACGACGGACGUGAUAGGGUGAAUGCGACUACUCGGCUAGGGACGGAUGGGAGAAGGAUUAUCCGUGACACCGUGAUGGAGGAGGUCGCUGGAAGCUCCGUACCCCAAACAGAGCCCGAGGCCGAGGAACCAGAGAAAGUCUAUGGGAAGCCCAGGGGAGAGGAGCCUACGAACAAAGUUGCCGCUGCUAAAAAGAAGUUUAGGUAUCAAAUCCCGAUCUUAACCAUGCCUGAAAUCGAUCACACCCUUAGCAAAUUACUGGGAACCAUGGUGUCGGUGUCGUUUCAGACGAUGCUGAAGGCCAGCCCUAGGUUGCUCAAAGAGCUUAGACAACUGUUGACUCGACGGCGAGUAGAGAUAGACGAAAACCACGAAUCACCGGAAGAGGAAAGAGAGGAGGAAGCUCCGCAAAAAAUAUCCCAAUGUAAGAGUGGACCCGGCGACAUUGGCCAAAUUCGAAGGAGAAGUGCAAAAGGGAUAUUGUGUGAAUGGAAAGUUAGUCAGUAUUCAACCACGAGUCGUAGAAGCGACAAGGGUAAUCCCGACCGUUCAUUUUUUAGGAGAAAGAUCCCGGAAGGAAGUGUUCGAAAGUACAAGCCGGUAGGGAAGAAAGCAAAACCGGUCUUGAUCCUGCUAGGGACAUCAAAGGAAGAGGCUAUGGGGAAGGAGGAGGAAGUCCUCCGAGUGAUUCGAAAGAGGCGACCAACGGAAGGGCAUCGGAUACCAGAUGAGGUAGCUGAUACAAUGAAGAUAGGCGUAGAGGGAUUCUUAGCGGAAGCAGAAACCCGCCUGAUGAAAAGGACCUGCCAGGAGUUUCAGCUGACAUUUGCCUUUAGUGAUCAUCAGAACGGGCGGUUAGACGUGAAGCGAAUUCCUCCAGUCGGAAUCAACACGGUAGAGCAUGAGUGUUGGAAUGACAAGGGUCCGUCCUAUGAAUUUGGGAUAGCGGGGGAAGUGACAGACCUUCUUCGAGCAAAGAUGAACUCCUUCGUCGCAGAACCUACGGCGUCACCAUACGCGAACCGGUGUUUCGUCUUUCGGAAGCCCAACAAGACGCUAAGAUGGAUUCAGGAUCUGCAGAGGUUGAAUGCGGUAACCAUCCGGGAUGUUGGCUCGCUGCCUCAGGCCGAUUUAUUAGCAGAGUCGCACGCCGGCCGAAGCAUUUACUCCCUGAUAGAUCUGUAUUCAGGGCUCCACGUGCCGAUCAAACUCAUCGAGCCAUAUCACCCGGAGGCCAAUGCACCUGUGGAAAGAGGGCACCGAACCUUAAAGAACACGAUUGCGAAGCUCGCAGCAGACCAUCUGGGGAGCUGGCCUAGGUAUCUUAAGAAGACUAUCUUCUCGGAGAACAUGACACCUAAGAGGACAACGAGAUGUAUCCCAGCAGAACUUUGGUACGAAAGAGAAAUCGACUUUCCCGUGGAAGCCUUGAUACCUACCUGGAACAGGUUAGAUGAUGAUCCGCGAAUGACCACGGAAGAGUUAAUUGAGGCGAGGUGUCAACAAGUCCUUAAGAACGAGGAGGUCAUGGAAGACGUCGCCAACCGGGUACUAGACAGCAGAAUGAGGGACAAAGCAAGGUGGGACCAGGUUAAGAAUGUCAUGAAGGAGCCACUUCAGGUAGGGGAGACAGUAUUGCUAAGGAACUCGGCACUAGAAAGUACUUGGUCUGGACAGCUGGGGAGGAGGUUCAAAGGCCCCUACCGGGUCGCCAAGCGGGUGGGACUGAACACCUUCGAGCUGGAAGAUCUGGAUGGAACUGGAUUGAAAGGACCCCGGGGCAACGAUUGGUCAGGUUUCUAAGUCGGGACCCGGUGGAACAAUGGCUUCAGGAGGCUGAGGAUAAGGAAACUGAGGGGCUACAAGCUGAGGACUGACAAUG